AUGGAAAUGAAUCCAAAUGCACAACGAGAGGAAAAACCACAUACGUGCAGCAUUUGCAACAAAGCAUUUUCCACCAAUACUCAUCUGCUGAGGCACAUCCGGUCUCAUACCGGGGAAAAACCUUACAAAUGUGAUCUGUGCGAGAAAGCAUACCGGCAGCCGGCUCAUUUGAGCCAACAUAAGCGCUCACAUUCUAGCGAGCGUCCGUUCAAAUGCAAAAUAUGCGAAAAAAGUUUCGCGGUAAAGAAAUACCUCACCCGUCACGAGCGGUUACAUUUGGACAAACCGUCGGAUAGAUUCGCCUGCGACGUCUGCGGGAAAGCGUGUGGAUACCGAAAAAUGCUCGAGUGUCACAUGAAACUCCAUCGGGGUGAAGAACCAUUUAAGUGCGAUACCUGUGGCAAAAACUUAAGUACUCUUUCCAGAUUAAACGCACACCGGAGACUGCAUACCGGGCAAGAUCUGUUUUAG